GGCUCCUCAGCCUCUAUCUCCCUCUGCUGCUACUGUUGAUCAGGAUGAUGCUCUGCGGCCGAUGGCCCGCUGGUGGACGCAUUUAACCGUCAGAUGCCUGGGAUGAUUAUGGAUAUCUUAUAUUUUCUGUGGAUGCUGCCAACGGUAUGGGCUGUGGAAGAAAUACUAAUGGAUUCAACAACAGCAACGGCAGAACUGGGUUGGACCAUCUAUCCAUCACAGGGGUGGGAAGAAGUUAGCGGCUAUGAUGAAAACAUGAACACCAUCCGAACUUACCAGGUUUGCAAUGUCUUCGAUAGCAGCCAGAACAACUGGGUACGCACCAAAUACACCCUCCGUCGUGGUGCUCAGCGCAUCCAUGUCCAGAUGAAGUUCUCAGUUCGUGACUGCAGUUCUAUACCCAAUGUUCCAGGCUCCUGCAAGGAAACCUUCAACCUAUACUACUAUGAGUCUGACUCGGACACAGCUACUAAAUCAUCCCCACCCUGGAUGGAGAACCCCUGGGUGAAAGUGGACACUAUAGCAGCUGAUGAAAGUUUCUCUCAAGUAGAUCUUGGUGGUCGCAUCAUGAAGAUAAACAGUGAAGUCCGGAGUUUUGGACCUGUUUCACGCAAUGGCUUCUACCUUGCUUUCCAGGAUUAUGGUGCCUGCAUGUCACUCAUCGCUGUUCGGGUCUUCUACAGGAAAUGUCCCCAAGUGAUCCUUAAUGGUGCUAUCUUUACCGAGACCCUGUCUGGAGCAGAGAGCACCUCACUGGUAGCAGCCAGAGGGGUGUGCAUUCCCAAUGGGGAGGAGGUGGAUGUACCGAUUAAGCUGUACUGUAAUGGGGAUGGGGAGUGGAUGGUACCCAUUGGGCGCUGCGUGUGCAAAACCGGGUAUGAAGCGGUGGACAAUGGGACAGUCUGCAGAGCUUGUGCAUCAGGUUUCUUUAAGGCCUCACAGGGAGACCAAAAAUGUCUGCAGUGCCCCAUUAACAGUCGAACCACAAGCGAGGGAGCAACUAACUGUGUCUGCCGCAACAACUUCUACCGCUCUGACUCUGACCCUCCGCAGAUGCCCUGUACUACUGUCCCAUCAGCUCCACAAAACGUCAUCUCCAUAGUCAAUGAGACCUCUCUGAGGCUGGAGUGGAGCCAACCACAGGAGGCUGGUGGCCGAGAAGAUGUGGUCUACAACAUCAUAUGUAAGAGCUGUGGCAGUGGACGAGGCGGCUGCACCCGCUGUGGAGACAACGUACAGUUUGUCCCACGCCAGCUGGGACUGACCGACACCCGUGUCCACAUCAGCGACCUCCUGGCUCAUACCCAGUACACCUUUGAAAUACAAGCUGUCAAUGGAGUGUCUGACCAGAGUCCAUAUUCACCACAGUACACAUUUGUCAACAUCACCACCAACCAGGCUGCACCAUCAGCAGUGUCCAUUAUCCACCAGGUCAGCAGAACUCCUAAUAGUAUCACACUGUCCUGGUCUCAGCCUGAUCAGCCCAAUGGAGUUAUCCUGGACUAUGAACUGCAGUACUAUGAGAAGAACCAGGCAGAGUGGAACUCAUCUCUAACAAGGAGUCAGACCAACACUGCACUCAUACGAAGCCUGAAGCCUGGAACUAUUUACAUCUUUCAGGUUCGAGCUCGGACUGUUGCUGGAUUUGGACGCUUCAGUGGCAAAAUGCACUUCCAAACGAUGACUGAAGAUGAAUAUAACUCCAGUAUCCAGGAGAAGCUCCCUCUCAUAAUUGGUUCAGCGGCUGCAGGGGUGGUUUUCAUCAUUGCCAUCUCUGUCUUUAUCAUUGUCUGCCACAGCAGGAGAAGUUCAGACAGACCAGAAUCAGAGUAUACAGACAAACUCCAGCAUUAUAACAGUGGACACAUGUCACCAGGAAUGAAGAUAUACAUUGACCCCUUCACAUAUGAAGACCCCAAUGAAGCAGUCAGAGAGUUUGCCAAGGAGAUUGACAUUUCCUGUGUGAAGAUUGAACAAGUGAUUGGUGCAGGAGAGUUUGGGGAAGUGUGUAGUGGAAACCUUCGUCAGCCUGGGAAGAGAGAGAUCCUUGUGGCUAUUAAGACACUAAAGGCGGGCUACACUGAACGCCAGAGGCGGGACUUUCUAAGUGAGGCAUCAAUCAUGGGCCAAUUUGACCAUCCCAACAUAAUCCAUCUAGAGGGGGUUGUGACCAAGAGCAGCCCUGUGAUGAUCAUUACUGAGUUCAUGGAGAAUGGAUCCCUUGACUCCUUCCUCAGGCAAAAUGACGGGCAGUUCACAGUGAUCCAGCUGGUGGGAAUGCUGCGUGGUAUAGCCGCUGGCAUGAAGUACCUGUGUGACAUGAACUAUGUCCAUCGUGAUCUAGCAGCCCGGAACAUCCUGGUCAACAGCAACCUGGUGUGCAAAGUUUCUGAUUUUGGUUUGUCACGCUUUCUUGAGGAUGAUACUUCAGACCCCACAUACACCAGCGCUCUGGGGGGAAAGAUUCCCAUUCGGUGGACAGCUCCAGAGGCUAUCCAGUACAGAAAGUUCACCUCCUCCAGUGAUUGUUGGAGCUAUGGUAUCGUCAUGUGGGAAGUGAUGUCAUAUGGAGAAAGGCCCUACUGGGACAUGAGCAAUCAAGAUGUUAUCAAUGCAAUAGAGCAGGACUACAGGUUACCCCCCCCUAUGGAUUGUCCCAGUGCCCUGCAUCAGUUGAUGCUGGACUGCUGGCAGAAAGACCGGAACAACCGACCUAAAUUCAGCCAGAUUGUUAGCACCUUGGACAAGAUGAUCCGCAACCCCAACAGCCUCAAGGCCAUGACACCACUGUCAUCAAGUGUUCACUUACCUCUGCUUGAUCGCAACACUCCAGACUUCUCGUCUUUCAGCACGGUGGAUGAGUGGCUGGACGCCAUUAAGAUGGGCCAGUACAAGGAGAAUUUUGUCAACGAAGGAUUCACCAGCUUUGAUUUGGUCUCUCAAAUGACCACUGAGGACAUCCUCAGAGUGGGAGUGACAUUAGCUGGGCACCAGAAAAAGAUCCUCAACAGCAUCCAGUCCAUGAGGGCCCAGAUGAACCAGAUCACUUCUGUAGAAGUGUGACUCCACAUACUGUAGGCUCUGUUUACUGUGACAUAACCAUCACCCACUAACCCUGCAUUUUCCUGCAACCUCUGAGGAGGGCUGAUGACCGGCACACAGUCUGUGGCUUCAAUCAAACCUCACCUUCACCCUUGCUCACUCCAAACUCUCAACAGAAGGUUCCUCAGUCUGCAGCACAGCACAGAUGUUCAGUAGUUUUCUUUUAGCUGUUAGAUGUUCAGUCAUUUGGGGGGUUUGAUGUUGUUGUUCACCAUAACCACAGCCAUCCAGACCCAGUCUUCAAACUACUCUGUCCAUGUCCGUUUAAUGGGACAUCUUUAUUCUGUUUAAUGGUAACACAGCACACUUGGAUUCACUACCACCAACAUCAAACUCAGUGGUAAAUCAGUUUGUAAAAUUGGCCCUGCACUUUGCUUUUGUAUAAGACUUAUUGUUGAAAAUGAUUGAACGUGAAACACAACACACUAGAAUUCCACUAAAGGAAUAUUGUAAAAUGCAAGCUGGUAACACCAUUCGUUUUCAGUGGAACACAUUUAUUUACAAAUGUCACAUUUUGGUGGCUCUUAACUCUGUCAGUGAUAUUGGUCUUCUAAAUUUGGACUGGGAGGCAACGAACCAGUGUUAGAGCCACGGCUUAUUUAGUUAUUUACAAAUGAACAAGUUAAGGGAAAGAGUAUCUACCUUACCUUAACCUAAAGUCAAAACAUAAAGGUCCCAUAUUUUACCCUUUUCCAGUGUUUUAUUUGAAGUUUGUGGUCUUAAGUAUCAAAAUCCAUGUCAUGUAGUUUACAUCACCUCUCUCAUACGUCUCAAAAGCAGGGCAGUUUGUGUUGCCAAGCACAGGUAACGCAUUUUAGCCUAUUGUGACUUUGUAAAACCCACCAGUAAAUCCAAAUAGAGAUGGUCACUAAGUUCUGAAAUGAGCCAAACAGAUUCAGACUUAAGCACUCGAGCUGGAGUUGAUAUAGAGCUAUACACUAGGGCCUCUAGCCUGGUACCAGUGCAAAUCCCUGGGUACACGUGACUGUCCCCAGUGUUGCAUUGCAGGAGUGGUGGAGUCUACUGCCUCUGCCUCCAGCUCACUCUUGGAGACCUGAUGACUUUCCUCUGUGGCUAGACCAUCCAGGUGGGCUGGUAUAGUGCCAGUGUAUGUGACAUUGCCAGCCAGGGGAGCGUGUAAGACCAGAGAAGUGGGUGAUCAGGAACUGUAGACAGCAAGCGGAAGACUUUCAAGGAAGCAAAAUAUUAUUUACCUUGACUCAUUUCAGAGCUCUGACUCCAGGAGGUGGAUAUCAUCCAUUCACUGUGAGUAAACAAGGUUGCAGUCUACUAACUGAGACAUAAUAAAAAAUGGUUUUCAGUCCAAUUGUAACUCAAUUGAUAAAACCAGAAAUUUAAAAUCCAUCAUCAGAAGAAGAAUACUACUAAAAGUAUUACAAGCUAAAAAGAUUUUUGAAAAGACAAAACAAAACCCUAGCAACAGUCCUUAAUAGAGAACGAGCACAAAGUCCAAUAAUGAAUACAAAUAUAGUAGACUUUCUCCUGCCCAAUAAAACUAAAAAAAUGUUGGAUGCUUGAGCAUGGCUAACAAAGGUGACAUCUUCUGAUGGCCUGUUUUAAGGCACAGUGUGUGAAUAUGGACUGUAUGUGUUUCUCUGUGUAUUGACUGUUUUGAUAUUUUUACACUAUUUUUAUCACUUACAGUUCCUUUAUAAUCACAGAGGACAUGGAAAUCUCACUUUCUCACCCAAUUAUAUGUCACCUAUAUAAUAUGGGACCUUUGAAAUAAAAAAAGCAGACAUAAAAUGUACACUGGGACACUGCCUUUCGGCAUAUGGUGUAGUGUCAUUGCUACUGGCUAAAGUAUAUGCUUACUCCUGUGGAUAGUAUAGAUCCACAGGAACUACUUCACCCACACACUCAUUAAUUUUUAUAAUGUGAAAGAAACAAACCAUAAAACGUCUGUGUGGCUGCACUGUCAUCAUCCACCAUCAGAGUAGGUGCUUGAGUUGAGUAUGCUACUGACAGUUUUUGAUAAAUGUGUGUUUUGUAUCUAUAUUAUAAGUCCACUUGUAUGAGCUCAAAUUGGUGGUUGCAACAUUUAAUCAGCAUAUUAGGUUUUUAACAUGGACCUACAGUGGAGAUGAAGGUAACAGAGCUACCUAGCAUGUUAAUGGAUUGUCAUUGUCCAACCAGUUUUAAAGUUUUCUGCUUUGUUUCUGUACACAGAUAGUAACAAACAAUAACCAAACAAUCACACUGCAUCAUUAAAAUUACCAAGACAGUGGUUAUUAUGGGUUCAUUAGUUAUGGUACAUAAUGCAAGUGUAGAGAUUUGCUGUAUAAAGGGCUCUUUAAGAAGUCGCCAAAUAUUCCAAUGCCUGUGCCAACAGAAGCUGCAGUUUUUGGAUGAAUGAAUCUGCUGAGACAUCUGAGACAAAUGAAAGAACCACAAACAGGAGCUACUGUCAGCCUAAAGACAAAAGGGCCUCAACUGAUAUUGACCAUACCCUAGUGUUAAUUGGACCAUAUACUGUCUUGUGAUUUCACUGUCAUAUUUAUUGUGAAGCUGUGAGGAGUUAUCUUAAAGUCAAGGUUUGGAUAAGAAAACAUUAUGUUAUAAUCAAAGCUGUCUUAAUGUUGUAGAUGUGCUUUGAUGGUAACUGGAAAUCGUUUCCAGGUUUCAGGACCAAUUAGAAUAACAGUAUAAAUACAGUUGUUACCUCAUACAUAUCAAUAUACAUUGGUGUAUUUUGGUGUACACUGCCCCCAAAUAGUGUUUAUUACAGUCUCAUUACCACUCUGUGAUUUAUGAGCUGUGUUUGAGUGAUUUAGUAUCUUUAUUGGUUUAAAUACUGCCUGAUCUUAGGAAAAUAUCGACUUGUGCCCCAAAGUUAAAAGUUUCCUCUUGGCUCAGUUGUUACAGUGUUUGGAGGUUUGGAGGUUUGCAGGUUCUACAUAAUUACGUUGCAAUGACUAUCAAUGCUAUCACCAAAGAUAAAACAUGUCAGUUAUCUGUAUCUUACCUAAUGCUCUAACCUAAUGUGCGCAUUUGUAUCAGGUUUUGCUGAUAAGAGACAAAACUGCCAAACAAAACCUGUAUUUUGAAUCGCUCACUGCACGUUAGGGUUGGGUGAUGUCAAUAUCUAUACUUUUCAUAAAUUAGUCGCUCUCUUACUCUCUUGUGCGCGCUGACACACACAUACGACACAUGCAUUCACACACACAAAUGGUGUGAUCGGACACGUGUGAACACAGACUGGGUAAAAACAACAGAAUUUGGAAAUUAGACAAUCUACUGUAUGGAGAGCCAGAGGAGAUGGCAAGGAGCGCUCAGUUUGGCUCGAUUCGGUUGUCAGUGCGCAGCGAGAAUGAUAGAGACACAGAGAGGAGCAGUAAAUUACUGACAGGGCUGGUAAAAACUGUAAUAACUACUUUUUUAUGGUCCAAACAUGUAUGAAAAGACCCCAAAUGAGCGCUGAAAAUGGAUCUGUCUGAUGCUUUUUGACCCAUAUAAACAGUUGAUCACUUUAAUCCGUGAUCACUAUAUCCACUUUCCACUGUAUUUUUCUACGUUAUAGUAGACAGUGUAAUUGUAGUCUGUGUGCAGAAGUCUGCACCUCUCUGUCAGUGUUAAACGGGGGAGGGGGCAUCACGAUGUUGGCUCAACAUCAUGAUGGCUGUCAGCCAUCGUCAAUGGAUUCCAACCCUAAUGCACGUUUAAUAAAGUCAAUAAUAAAGCAUAGCUCUUGGCAUUUAGCUAAUUUAGAUAGUGCUCCUAUAAAAAGGAUAGUUCACCCACAAAUGAACAAUUCACUCAUUGUCUACUCACCACUAUGCCGAUGGAGGGGUGGGUGAAGUGUUUGAGUCCACAAAACACUUUUGGAUUUUCAGGAGAAACAGCAUUGAAGCCAAAUCCAAUACAAAUGAAGUAGCUGGGGAUCGAUUCUUCAAACGUGAAAAAACAACAGAAAAAAAAACGGAAAAUGCCUCCAUACUGCUCCUGUGGUGUCAUCCAAGUGUCCUUAUGUCCCAAAAUUCCACUAAAACAUGUUUUUAGCCUCAAUGCUAAAAACAUGGUGUAAAUGACGCCAUUUCAAGUCGAAAUUUGGAUGCCGGGGCUUACGGACACUUGGAUGACACCACAGGAGCUGUAUGUAGGCCUUUUAUGUUUAUGUUUUCACAAGAAGAAGUUACACCAGUUGUUGCAGCCUUUCAAAACAACCAAUACAAGUGUUUUCUGAUCGGAUGCUUAAGUUGGCAGGAUCCUAUUGUUUGCCAGGAGCAUUUUGAAACCUGUUAAGUGCUGUGGUUUGGGAAGGUAAAACUGCUUAGAAAAGGGAGAGGAUUAAGUUUAAGACUGCUGUAUGGCUUCAGUUGGGGUUUGAAUUUGUGUCAUGGCACCUCUGAUCACAAAAAGGCUUAAUUUCCUUCAAAAUCUGUGUUUAUCCCCCUAUGGUUCAUAAUAACAUCAUGAGGUUUGGUUCCAUCGACUGCUCUAAUUAUCUCUCAUGUGCAUAUUCUCUAUAUGGUUUAAAAUGAUCCAGCUGAGAUGCUGAGUUUCACAAACAACUUUGGGAGAGGAUGCUAAUGGGGACACGAUUUUUAAACUUCACAGUAACACCAAACUGUCAGAGCUCUAUUUUGCUGUUUUUAAAAUAUGUGCUUUUUAUAAAAGAAAAAUGUGCUUUUUAUAAAUGUUAUUCAGUCAUGUGAUGUCUUUUUUGGUAUUGGGACAUUUUGCAAAUGAAACCUCUUCCUUCUACUGCACCAGCACAAAGCACACGUUUACCCACUCACUGUUAAUGUUCUGUACAUAAGUCCUUUCUGCCCUAAAAACCUUUGAACUUUGAUUCUUGUUUGUAAAUGGUUAAAGUGUUGUCAAUUUGUAAAGGGUACAGCACUCCUGAUUUUGUGAUAGCCUCCAAUAGCACCCAUCAAGUUGGUCAAUUUCCCCCAGCUGACAGCUGUUUUGAAAUUUAAUGCUAUUUUAAAAUCAGGAAUCACACUUUUUAAGACAGUUAGACAAAAGCAGAACUCCCACUUGAAAUACAAUGCAGGUUUUAUUAUUGUUUGUGUCAUGUGUUACUCAAACUGGCUUAAUAUACAAUAAGGUAAAGCAGAAAACAGUGACAGGAGGGUUAAUUCAGCCUUUCACUUUUACCUCACUCCUUUUCUUGUUGCAUACAAGAGCACAGUGAGGUCAUAAGCUGGAGUUUCUCAUACUCGUAUAAUCUUGAGUAGUAUUUGGAUGGUCAAACUUCCUGGACUCACAUGAUUUGUUGUGUAAUUUUUCAUGACUGCAGUCCUAAAAAGGUGCUUCCACAUCCCUUUUCCAACUGAUUAUUUUUACACAUCCUGCUUUUAACUUUGAUAUUAAAUAGAUGUUGUUCAGUCAGAUUUUCAAUACCAGUCUGCACUACUUUAACAUACAUAUGUAUGUAUGUGUGACAUUAUUGUAACAAUUGUCCUAUAUGUUUUUCAACCACAAAAUAACUACUUACUGUACUGUCCAUGUGACCAUGCAGCACAUUUAGACUGUGCAAUACCUGCAUCUGUUAUUUGAUCUGUGAUUGAGACUUUCUGAGAAAAUCACAGAGGGGUUUCAGUACUUUCACUCUUAAGUUCUUCAAAGCAAAUGUCAACAUGUGAGCAUAUAAUCAUGAUGGCUUAGUGGAAAGGACACUGCUUUUAAUAGAAAUAAAUAAAACAGAAAACAUUAGAAGCAACCAUUAAAUUAAACAUUCUGUUAUUGUGUGAGAGUAGCUGAAGAAUGAGGUGUCUUGAAAAAGUGGUUCCAGAGUAGCUAGUUGUUGUAUGUAAUCUUUAUUUCGGCCUGGGUGAAUGUCUACCAUCAAUAUGGGCUUAACUGACUGGCAGAAACAUAAAGAAAUGAAGUAUUUAACGACAAAGUUGCAUAUUCACUUUUGUGAAAAAUAUUCACACCUAACAACUGCAAGAGCUGUGAAGAGCUAUAUAAAGUGAAAUUACCUGAUCAAAUACCUGUCAACUAUUAGCAGUGACAGAAGAUACUGAAAGAGACAUUCACUCAUAACAAUGUUACAGUCAUUCCACUUAUUGUUGUUCAUUUUAAUUUAAUAACCAUGUGAGUUAAGAGCCAAACUCAGUGCUUUAAGCACUGGCUGUCACAUCUCUGUGUUCACAAACAGAAGAUUACCUAACCUGAAUAUGACCUCUUUAUGUACAGUUUAAACUGAAUAUCACAUUUUUGUUGUAAAUGUUUCAGUGUUUCAAUUUGUUUCCAAAUGCUGGCUCAUAUUUGAACUACACAGUGGCAGCUUCUCAGUGCUCACAGAGCUUGAUAACUUGGUUCUGAUGCUCAUUUCCCUUCUAAAUUUCUGACGUGUGGGGAAUUUUUCAAAUUCUUGACAACAUAAUGGGAAAAUUUGUUUUUCUGUCUCAGAGUGACCAAGAAAAGUGACAAAGAAAACAAGAACAGAUAUUAAUCUCAUGUGUGUAAAGUUCAGUGCUGGAGUUCGGAACAUGGCCGGCCUAAAUUCAAAAACACACCAAAACCUCUACAGCUCCCUUAUGCACAUGUUGUAUCUCAUUUACCCUCCUUUGCAGAAAAGUAUAGUAGGGUUACACACUCUGAAACAAUUCCAUCUGUCCAGUUUUUCUGUGCAGUGUCUCAGGAUGGCGAUUAUCUUAUAUCAGGAAUGUCAGUGUCGUCCCAUAUAUUGGCCCUUAGGCAACAAGAAAAGGAAAUAAAAGUAGCUACAUUGCAUACUCAAACGUCUUUGUCAAGAAAAAUUGCUGAUAUGAUCUUGUACAAUUUUGUAACUUAUUUAAAUUCAGCAUUGGCCCCAAAUGUUUGUAUUCUGAGCUUUAUUAUCAAACUUGCUAACCAUAGUUUAACAAAACUAUUUCUGGAAGUCACUGCAUGUAACUGUUGUUCUUCUAGAAAUAGUUCCAUCAUUCAGCCUGGAACUGUGUGUGGAUUUCACAAAGCGGAUACAAAAUGUUAAGUAGGUGACUGGGUUGGUCAAUGGUUUUUUGCACUUAAUAAAAGAAAGAAAAUAAGCAUAUUUCUCAUAAUGUUGAACUAUUCCUUCAAGGCAAUGUUGGUGCAAUAUGAAAAAUUCCAACUAUGGCACACUGGGUUGUAAUAUCAAAAAAAGAUAAUAUUUGUACAAGAAAACUACAAUCAAAUUGAAAUCAGCCCCCUAUUGCACUUUUGUUCAUCCUGAAUCUCUCUGAUGUUUAUGCGUUUUCUUCUCCUGUUUUGUGGGGAGGUAGUAUUCCUCAUCCUAGUCGAGAGAUAAGGACAGAGGAUGUCCCACCUUGUACAAAUUAUUAAGCCCUAUGAGGCAAAUGUGAUUUGUGAAUAUGGGCUAUGCUAACAACAUUUUAUUGAGCAGUUAUUUUACAGUUUUUAUUGUUAAGGUUAUUCUUAAGUCUACAAAAACUGGCAAAAUGUCUUUGCCAAUUGCCAAAUUUAAUUGAAGAUAUUAGGGAAUCUAGAUUGAAAAAAGCAAUAUUUACUACAAACUCUUCCUUUUUGUCUGACCUGUGGUGACCCGUAAAAUAAUUGAACUUUGUGUAGACAAAAAGCACAUGGGACAUGGGGGGGCAAUGUUAGAUUACAGGGGGUUACCCACAGCCAAAUGCACCUCUCUUCUCAGCCCUUACCACUGUGAGUCCCAUCACUUGGACUUUUGUUUUUAUAUGUUGAGUUUUUCUGUAUAAAUGUAUAUUUGAUGGCAUACCUUUGAAUUUGUAUUAUUUGUUAUGCUGUUGCUGGUUUAUUUUGUAAAA